AUGCGUUCCUCGGAGGCUGGGACUCGCUCCCCAUCACCAGCUUCGAGACUUCCAACCAGUACUCCGUCUUCGCCUCCCGAUCUUCGGGAUGAAGAUGAGCUUGAGCCAGAAUUCCUCUCCAAGGAGGAUCAAUUGCUGUAUGAGGAAGAGCGGGCGGCGCGGGCUGCCAAUGAAAAGGCAGAAGCUAAGAAGAGAGCGGCAGCAUUGAAAAAGAAGAAGAAGCAGGAAGAGAGCAAGGAGGAGCGGGAGAAGAAGUCUAUGAAAUUGGAAGAAUUAUUAAAGAAAAGUGAGGCAUUCAGCGCGCGGCUUACUGGCAAAACGCAAUGCUUGGGAAGAGUAGGGAGUUCUGUGGAUGGAAAGUCAUUAGGAGAGCACAAUCUGACUAUGGCGAAACAACCGAAGUGCAUGGUAGGAGGGACAAUGCGAGAUUAUCAAUUGGAGGGAUUGACAUGGAUGGUGGAGAUCUGCUCACAAGGCAUGUCCGGAAUCUUGGCUGAUGAGAUGGGAUUGGGAAAGACCAUUCAAACAAUCUCGCUGAUCGCGCACUUACGAGAGGUCGAAGAUUACCUAGGCCCUCACUUGAUUAUCGCUCCUCUUAGUACACUUUCGAACUGGAUAGAAGAGUUCCAGAAAUGGACACCGGACGUUCCGGUCCUUCUCUACCAUGGAACACAGGCCCACCGACGGGAAAUCUUCAAAUCACAGAUAAUGAAACAUGUUGGUAAAGGUGGUAGACCGACAAAACGCUUUCCUGUCGUUUGUACCAGUCCGGAAAUGGUGUUGAGGGACUUCAAUGACCUGACCAAAAUAAUGUGGGAGUUUAUCAUUAUUGAUGAAGGGCAUCGUAUGAAGAACAACGAAUCCAAGCUCUUCCAGGUUCUCAAAACGUUCACCUCUGCCUCAAGAUUGCUCAUUACCGGAACGCCCCUCCAGAAUAACAUGAAGGAGUUGUGGUCCUUGCUUAACUUUCUUCUUCCUACCAUAUUCAUUCAUUGGGAGCAGUUUGAGGAAUGGUUUGAUUUCUCUGAUCUUCAGGAUGAGGAAGGAACAGCUCAAUUUAUUGCCGACAAGCAGAACAAGGAGUUACUUCGAAAAAUGCGAGUAGUGCUGCAGCCCCUUCUUUUACGCAGAAUCAAAGCCGACGUCGAGCAUCUACUGCCUAAGAAGCGAGAAUAUAUCCUAUAUGCUCCAAUGACUAAAGAUCAAACCGAGUUGUAUAACGCCAUUACAGACAAGAAAACCGACACACGAAAGUUCCUCGAGGACAAAAUUCUGGAACGUCUAACUGCGACAGCGGGCGCUUCCAAUGGGUCGUCCGUCAAGGCAGAGGCUAGCGAUGACGAUGGUAGUGAUGAUGAGAAGCCCUUGGCUCUCCGGCCGCGGCCGAAAGCCGAGACGAAGACUGCACCGAAAAACGCGUUUCAACAGAUGAUGCAGAAGAAGUCUGCGACGAGUAGUAGAGCGAGCUCGAAAGGAUCAUUGAAAAGGAAGUCUCCAGCUGACGUCGAGACGCCCGUCCCUAAAUCCGCGAAGUCUAGUCGUCACUCUACACCAGCUACUAGUGUUCGACGUACGAAGACUCGAGGCAGAAAAGUAUACAAAGAAGCAGAUGCAUCAGAUGAAGAUGAAUUGAGUGACGAUGAAUUCGAACAGAAGCUCGUAGAAGAAGCUGCCGAACUGGAAAAGAAGAACAAUGUCCGGGAAGUAGCUGGUACUAAAGAGGAGCUCGAGUUGGCAAAAAUGGUUGAGCUUGCUAAGAAGGAAGUUUCUGGGAAGAAGCUCGGUAACCCUAUCAUGCAACUCCGAUUGAUAUGUAACUCGGUUCACAAUUUCUACAACCCCUGGGCCACCGGGCUCCCAGUCGACGAAUCAUUGGUAACAUCGUCCGGGAAAAUGUUGUUACUCGAUCGUUUACUCAAAGCUUUAUUCGAACGUGGUCACAAAGUCUUGGUAUUCUCGCAAUUCAAAGUUCAGCUCGAUCUCCUCGAAGAUUAUGCUCGCGAUCUCCGCAAAUGGAAUGUCUGUCGAAUUGAUGGGUCUGUGGCACAGGAUGACCGCCGGCUCCAGAUUAAAGAGUUCAAUGAAAACCCAGAAUUCAGACUGUUCUUGCUUUCUACUCGUGCCGGUGGUCAAGGCAUCAAUCUUGCGAGCGCGGACACAGUAAUUCUAUUCGACAGUGACUGGAAUCCGCAACAAGAUCUCCAAGCCCAAGAUCGUGCACAUCGUAUUGGUCAGAAGAACCCUGUCGUGAUAUUCCGUUUGGCAACAAAGAACACAGUCGAGGAAGGUCUCCUGAGUUCUGCCGAGGGAAAACGGCGCCUAGAAAAGGCAGUCAUCAAGAAAACCGAAUUUGGAAAAGGACCAAUGACCGAUGAUACAAAAAUGCAACUUGAGCUCAAGCAACUGCUGCUAAAGGAUGGCAUGGUUUUCACUGGCACGGGAAAAAAUAAAGAAGAGAUUCUCAGUGAUAAGGAUCUUGACAUUCUUUGUGAUCGUAGCGAUGCUGCGUAUGAACGAGCUGCGAAGGGAUUGGGAGAUACGGAGAACUUCAAGGUCAUUGAGACCAAGUACGAUGGCAUCGCUAGCAUGAUGGGGAAUGAAGAGGCUGAAGCUUCCCUACCAGUUGAGGCUUAG